UUAUUUUGAAUCAAAAGUACAAAGAUAGUGGGACUAUUUUGGGUGUUUUCUCAACUUCCUCUUCUCUCUCUUUUGAUGAAAUUUUCCCAGCAAAAUAGCGCCGCCUCUAAAGUUUCAAAAUCACAAUCCCCGCCAAACCAAAUGCUGUUCAAUUUCUCAUUGUUUGUACCCCCAAUCUCCUAUUAGCAUCUGUAUAAUCCCUGUGCAAAUAUAAACGCACCAAAUUCACUAAAUUGCCUACCCAUAACUUGCAAUUAUGCCAACGUACCAUAGUUAAUACUCAUUGAAUCAAACAGAGCUAUGGAGAGUGGAAUGGUAUCAGUGGAUCGUUGGUGUGGUGGAAGCCAAGUUUACUUUCUAACUCACCUUCACGCGGACCAUGUACGUGGACUCACUCCUAAAUGGACACGUGGACCCCUUUACUGCUCCCGCAUCACUGCUAAGCUUUUUCCCAUCAAAUUCCCUGGAUUUGACCUUUCUCUAAUUCGCAUUGUUGAAAUUGGUCACUGGCACUCUGUUUCUCUACUUUCUUCUUCAUCUGGUUCUUCUACAACUGUCUAUUUCAUGGCCAUUGAUGCUCAUCAUUGCCCUGGAGCAGUAAUGUAUCUGUUUCGUGGUGAAUUUGGCUGCACACUGUAUACUGGGGAUUUUCGUUGGGAGAGCACAAGUGAGAGAGCACAAACUGGAAAGACCAUGCUGCUUAAAGCUAUGGAGGAUGUAAAGCUUGACAUGCUUUUCUUGGAUAAUACUUACUGUAACCCUACCUACUGUUUUCCUUCACGUGAAGUUGCUGCAAAACAGAUUUUAAGCAUCAUAUCCUCUCAUCCUAAUCAUGAUAUUAUCAUUGCUGUUGAUACACUUGGGAAAGAAAAUCUUCUGCUGUACAUAUCACGUGUCCUGAAAACAAAGAUUUGGGUGUGGCCAGAACGCUUACAAAUUAUGCAUCUUAUUGGGUUCCAUGACAUCUUUACGACAAAAACUUCAGUGACAAGGAUUCGUGCUGUUCCUCGUUACAGUUUUAACAUUGAGACUCUGGAGGGACUGAAUACAAUGCGUCCGACCAUAGGGAUCAUGCCAUCUGGUCUCCCUUGGGCGCCAAAAGCUUUCAGAGGAAAGGAAAAACUUUCCUUGGAAUCUCCUCCUUUGCUCCUUCAUAACAGGUGGCACACAAAUAUUACUACACCAAAUGGAGAUCCGUUAACUGCAGGGAGAUGUGAUCAGUACAUAUAUACAGUUGCUUAUUCUGAUCACUCUUGCUUUCCGGAGUUACAAAAAUUUGUUGAGUUUCUCAAGCCAAUUAAUAUCAAAGGCAUUGUAUCUUCAACUGCUUCUUAUGUUGACCCCCUUUACCACUUUGGAAGCCUUUGUCGAAUCCAACAAGCAUCAGAGCUCUCAUGCCAGAGGCUCAAAAGUAAAAGAUACGAAAAAAUUGGAGUCACUGACACAAAGUCUCCCUUUGGAUGCACCAGUACAAUGCAAUUAGGGAGGAAAAGGAGAAAAAGACAAAUUUCUGGUGCAGGUAUUCAUGUUAGUAGGGUGAGGUUGUUGAGAAGAGAGAGAAAAGGAGUAAAGAUUGUUGACACAGAUCCUGAUUAACCUACUAGAUGGCUUUCACUAGCUAUUUUCAAAUGCACAGGUUCUGAAUUCAUUCCAUUGUGUGUAAUGAAGUUGAACUUGCUUCCAGUGAGUCAGUAGGAGCAGAAAAGGGAGCUUAGUUUAGAUUGUAACUUGUAUGUCUCUAGAUCAUCUAUUAAAAUUGAAGAGGUGGCGAGUUCAGUUUCCUACUUGGUCUCCACAUGGCUCAUAUUACUUUGUGUAGAACUUUUCUCAAAGAUUGUGGACACGUGAAUAUCUUAAUAUUUUAAAUUACACUCUUAACAGGAAGUAGAUUCUUUUGUACAAAUGCAACACCCUUAGAAGAUUUAAGAUCAAAUUAUACUCUGACCAGUUCUGUUACAAACAUUUAGUUUGGUAGACAAGAUCAGAUUGCAUAAUUUGCUACUGUUGUCUAGAGUUCCUGUGGAAGAAUGUCUACAAUCACUCAAAGGUAUUGUUACUUAAAAUAUCCUGUAAUUUACUUGCUUCAGAUAGUUUUUUGUGAUAGGUUGCUUCAAGGAUAAUUCACACAUCUGAAUGUGACUUUCUAUUUCUUUUUGAUAAUUUAUGCAUAUAAUCAGCAACUCCUUUUUCAGCGAAGGAAUAUCGAUUAAAUGUUUGGCACUCUUUAUCCAUUGAGGAAAUAGCUCCUUUGGUUCUUGACUGGUAACACUGGCGAUGGUCCUCUUCUCUAGAGAGAUCAAUACGAUUCCAUGGGUCCAUAGUCUCAUAUAUGAAAUGUAGGUUAGACCGCUAAAGAAACUAUAUAUUUGCUGGAUGAUAUAAUGCGGCAUCCCUCCCCCCCCCCCCCCCCCCCCCUCUCUCUCUCUCUCUCUUGCUGUAUGUUUCUGACUCUCUUGCAGUGAAGUUCCAAACCUCCAAGAAACGCUAGCCGAUCAUUCCAGUUAAUGGUGUAUCCAAUGGCCACGGCCACCCAGUAUGGUUCCAGACUCUCCACCAGAAAGACAGAAGGAUUAAGGGUGAAAAUGUCAAUUGAAGA